AUGAGAGCUAACUAUUGGCAUCGCUUUACAACCCCAAAUUAAGUAACUUCAUGUUGGUAGCUUGAAACUGGCCAUGGUAGAAUAUUUAUAGUAAUUGGCAAACAAUGAAAAUCAGUUUCUCCCCCCAAACUGGUUGUACAUCUAUCAUCCUGCUGACAUGGUCGGAACCAGGAGAGUGAAUUAUCUCCUGUUGUGGACCUCCUGGACAUUUGGGCCUGACCUGAGAAAGGCCUGAAGGGUGUUACAGAUACAUUCUUUAUGGCUGGAGUAUUGCUGAGGGCUCUGGGCCCAAUCCUGUGGAGAGACGCUGAUAAGAACAGAGGCUGGGUGAGGAGUGGCACAGCCAUGAUGGACCACUUGUCUUAGUUGGUGAGGUGAGGUGAGGGACCGGUGCCAGAGAAAGGUCUGCCUCUAGUAGAACCUCGGGAGACCGUGAAGCAGAGAAGUAAGGGAAGGAGAAACACCGCUGUGGUCCCGCGCGCGGUCGGUUGGCGCUGGCUGCCGUCCUUCCCGCCCUCCACCAUCAGAGGGCACCCUUGCACGGCCUUCAGGCGACCGCUGCCGGAGGGUUGCUCCGUGGCCCCAGAGAAGGCCCCGCCUCCCUGCGCGCAGCCCGUGGGCGCCGGGGAUGGCGCCGCUCCCUAAGCUCGCUGUCUUCGAUCUGGAUUACACGCUCUGGCCAUUCUGGGUGGACACGCACGUAGACCCCCCAUUCCACAAGAGCAGUGAUGGGACUGUACGAGAUAGGCAAGGCAGGACCAUCCGACUGUACCCAGAGGUGCCCGAGGUCCUGGACCGAUUUCGAGGCCUUGGGGUGCCCAUGGCAGCUGCUUCACGGACAGGUGAAAUAGAAGGGGCCAACCAGCUACUGGAGCUCUUUGACCUUGCCAGAUACUUUGUUCAAAGGGAAAUCUAUCAAGGCAGCAAGGUCACACACUUUGAGAGGCUGCAGCAGAAGACUGGAGUUCCUUUCUCCCAGAUGAUCUUCUUUGAUGAUGAGAAGCGGAAUAUUGUAGACGUCAGCAAACUGGGUACUGAGUGGUGUUACCUGCAUUCAUGUUCAGAAUGGAAUGAGUCUUCAAGUCCUGACUCAAGGACUAGAGACAUUUGCAAAGGCCCACGCUGGACCCUGAGGUCCAGUCCUGCGGAGGAGCCUCCUUUGAGGCAUAAAACUCAAGGAAACCAGGAAGGCAUUUUCAGGUUGGACAGUCUGUUUGAAGCGGCUGCUUCGAACCGAGCUUGCGGGUUUGGGGCUGGUGGCUCGCGUCACGUGACAGCAGUGGCUUCCUUGGCGCCGGGUGAUGUCGCAGCGGAGCCCCAAGAAGGGAUUGGCCGAGGCGGGUCUCUGAGCGCUGGGAUGCAGGCUCCCAGGAACAAGGCGGAAGUGUGCGGGACGCCGUGGGGCAGAGGCCGGACGGGCAGGGGCCAUGAGUGGUCUCGGCCGACUCUUCGGGAGGGGGACAUUGACAAGGUGGAUGAACUGAUGGCCGACAUCACAGAACAACAGGAGGUGGCCCAGCAGAUUUCUGAUGCCAUUUCUCGGCCUGUGGGCUUUGCAGAUGAUGUGGAUGAGGAUGAACUGUUGGAGGAACUAGAGGAGCUGGAACAAGAGGAAUUGGCUCGGGAGUUGUUACAUGUGGGCGACAAGGAGGAAGAACCCCCAGUCAAACUGCCCAGUGUACCCUCUACACAUCUGCCUGCAGGGCCAGCUCCCAAGGCGGAUGAAGAUGAGGACGCACUAAAGCAGUUGGCUGAGUGGGUAUCCUGAUGAGUCUGGGCUUAUCUUCCUGAUGCUGCCUUCGUUGAUCUCUUUUCCUUAAGUGCCAAGUGCUGAGCUAAAGGAACAUAGCCUUUUUGGGAGGCACUGCUGAGGGUGGUGGUAUAGCCCUGCCUGAGAAAGGGUCUGCUGCCCUCCAGUCCCUGGCUUGUAUCAACUCUGAAGAAGGAUCUUGGUGUGGGAGGAGCCCCUGGGCUCCCUUCUCUUUGAUAGCAGUUACAGUGCCCUUGUCUUCAAUAAAAUUGGGCAGAUGGAAUCCUAGUGCUUAUACGGCCUUGUCUAUACCUGAAACUUGGAGCUGUUUCAGGCAAUGAAUACUAACAGGAGUAAUGAAGGGGCAUUGUAACAUAGAAUAAAUGUUUCCAAUAUCUUA